AUGUCACCCAACAGCCUGACAAUCAGAAUCAUCUUUGUUGCUCAGACAGGAGUUGGAAUCCUGGGAAAUAUUUUGCUCCUUUAUCAUUACGUCUUCAUUUCCUACCCUGGACGAAAGCUAAAACAGGUGGAUUUUAUUCUCAAAAACUUAAUUUUGGCCAACUGUUUGGUUCUUCUCUCCAGAGGAAUUCCUCACACAAUAAUAGUCUUGGGGCUGCAAUAUUCUAUGGGUGAUAUUGGGUGCAAACUGGUCUUCUAUCUUCACAGGGUGGCCCGAGGUGUGACUCUUGGUACUACUUGUAUCUUGAGUGGCUGCCAGGCCAUCACAAUCAGCCCUAGCCAUCACCAGUGGGUGAAACUCAAGGCCAAAGUGCCCAAGUACAUGAGAUUUUCUGUUACCUUAUGCUGGAUCCUUCACAUGCUGGCAAACAGUGUUUUUCCUAUAUUUAUCACAGGUGCGAAGGAAAGCAGCAACCACACACAUUACAGAGACCUUGGGUCUUGUUCCAGCACAAGUAGCGAGAGAGUGGCAUCCUUAUUGCACUCUGUGAUAUUGUCUUCCAUUGAUGUGUUGUCUUUGGGGUUUAUGUUGUGGGUCAGUGUUUUCAUGAUGCUCAUCUUGUAUAGACAUAAGCAGAACGUCCUACACAUUCAUAGCAAGAACCUCUCUUCCAAAUUCUCUGCUGAGACCAGAGCCACCCAGACCAUUUUGGUACUACUAAUCACAUUUUUCUCUACAUACACCCUGUCUUCGUUCUUCACCUUUUACAUGUCUUACUUUGAUAGACCCCGUCGGUGGCUGGUAGACACCAGUGCACUGUUAGCUGCCAGCUUCUCCUGUGUCAGCCCAUUUGUGCUCAUCAGCAGGGACCCACAUUUCUCUUUGCUCUGUUUUGCAUGCUGCCCAAAAUAA